AUGGCUUCAUCCUGUUUGGCUCCCACAGAGUUUGGCACCCCUAACUUGUUUCUUGGCGUGCCUUCCCCGGUGGGGGAGAUCUUCUCUGCCACUGGCACUGCCUUCACCAAGCUGGGCGAACUGAUGAUGCAGCUGCACCCUGUGGCCAACUCCUCGCCAGCCGGGGCCCAGCUGAAAGGAACAGCCUAUGAGGACAGUGGGCUGCCCCUCCCCACUGAGUCCCCCAAGAAAGGGGCCCUCAAGGGGCAGCAGCAGCCGCCACAGCAGGGUGCCCCCUCUGCCCAGGGGUUGGGGAGCCUUUGUGACCCCUCCACUCCAACUGUGAAGAAACAGAAUGCCUCUGAUGUGACCCUCAGCACGCUGAAUGAUGCAGAUGCCCACAAUGACUUGGUGGACAUUGAAGGCUUGGGAGACACCCCCCCCGCCAAGAAGCUCAAUUUCGACCAGGACAGCCUGAAUUUGGACUCUGGAUUCCUCAUGGCCCCUGGCACAGAGUUGCCCCUUCUUUCCCGCUGAUGGACAGCUCCUCCUGCACCCCCUGGGCUGCCAUCUUCCACCUUGGGACCCCUGGAACCACUAGUGGCUGUGGCUGCCCCAUCUGGUCACCCACCUUCCCC